AUGACUUCGUCCAAUAAAACCUCGACGGCCGUCACGGCUGCACGAAGAAAAACCUUCAAGGGUAUGCUCAUCCUCAAGAUGUCGCCCAAGUAUUUACAAAGAUUCAAACCGUCCUCCACACCUGAUGAAGAAAGUACCUCGAGGGAAAUUUCUGUCAGCUCAAAAGUCGAAUCUACUUCAACUUCAUCUAAUCCUGAAAUUACACCCUAUUCCAACUCUCAAACACCUGUACAACCUGGAUCGCCCAAUUCUUUGAUGCCACCUCCAUCAGAAAGUAAUAAAAAAAAGGGAACAAAAAGAUCGGUAGCUGCCGCGCUAGGAACGGCAGGAAUCUCUCAGCCCAAAAUCAGGGGUAAACCAGGGCCAAAGAAGAAGGCAAGACUGGAAGAUGGAACAAUUGAUCAUUCAAACGCAACAACUCGAGCUCCAAAUGGUACGUUGAUUAAACUAGGACCAAAGGCCAAUCAAGGCGCGAUUAAUGCAGGUCUACGUGCCUUGGAUCGAUCCGGGAAGCCUUGUCGUAGAUGGGGCAAGGGAAAUCUUAAGCUCAAAAGCUUUACUGGCGUUUGUUGGGAGAUACCUCGAUGGGAAGCUCAUCAUGGGGUAGUUGCCAUCAAUGUCUCUGGAAACACAUGUGUAGGAGACAGUCGCAAGCCAAAAAAAGAGAUAAGUGAAGUGGAAAGUGAACAAAGCGAGAAGAGCAACUUAGCCAUGGAUAUUGAAAUAGGAAGUACGGCCAGCCAUCCAACCAGCUCACCCCCUCACAGAGUCUCACCUGGUGAGGUGAAUGAUACGCCUAUUCAGUUUUCUAAAGUAGCACUAUCAACAUAG